AUGGGCCAGGCGACAUCUACCCCGACACCGGCAGCGCAGCAACCCCCGGCAGGUUGCCCCAUGCACCAGUCGCAGGCAACGGCUGCACCCGCACCCGCACCCGCUCGGUGCCCGGUCCAGCACGACGCACCAGUAGCGGCGCCCAUCGACCGCCCCGCGCGCUGCCCCGUAGAGCACGACAGCACGGCGCUCAAUCCCCUCAACCAGAUGCCCGAGCUCCCGCAGACGCCGACGUCCUCCGCGCAGGCCGUCGCACUCCCCACCCAGCGCGUCGUGUCCUCCAUCCCGCGCCCGGUCGAGAAGGGCCCCGCCGCGCACGGCGAGGGCGACCGAUGGGAGUACCCGUCGCCGCAACAGUUCUACAACGCGCUGGUGCGGAAGGGGUGGGAGACGCCGGAGGAGCACGUGGAGACGAUGGUCGAGAUACACAAUUUCUUGAACGAGCAGGCUUGGGAGGAGGUGUUGAAGUGGGAGCGCAGGCGAGCUGACGCCGGGACGAGCUCGGACGAUAUCAAGCUUGCGCGGUUCCAGGGCAAGCCCGGUCAGAUCUCGCCCAAGGCGCGUUUCUGGCUCUUCGCUGGCUGGUUGUUGCCCUCGCGGUUCAACACCGAGCCGCCUUUUGACCGACACGACUGGAUAGUCCGUCGCAAGACCGGCGAAGAAGUGCGCUACGUUAUCGAUUACUACAGCGCACCUCCCGAACCCGACGGUUCACCUGUAUUCUCUUUGGACGUGCGACCCGCGUUAGAUAGUCUCGACAGCGUGAAGGAGCGCAUCUCUGCGGCGACGGAGGACGUUUGGGCAGCGUUCAAGCAAGAUUCCGAAACGCGACGGAAUACAUGA